GAUCUCCCGGCGUUCGGAGCCCGGAGGUUGGCCGGGCGUGAUGGCCAAGCCCCCGCAGCCCCGGCGCGGCCCCGCGACGCCUGGAGGCGCCCUGCGCGCCCUGCUGCGCUGCAACCUGCCCCCGGGCGCCCAGCGCGUGGUGGUCUCCGCUGUGCUGGCGCUGCUGGUUCUCAUCAACGCCGUGCUGAUCUUCUUACUGGCCUUCCGCUGA